AUUUUACCUAAGUACUACUUUCUACAACUACGAGUACUUGGAGUAUGUGAUAAAAACUCGUCUUGAUUUGGCAUGCGAGAAGAGAAAGAUACUAGAUAUCGCUAAAAAUCAUCUUAAUAAAGCUCUUAAAAAUGAUCUGAAUGCAAUUAAUUUGAAAAGCCUUCCGGAUGAAAUCGUAUGGAAGAUUUUUGACAACUUGAACAUGAGAGACUUGAAAAAACUUGCCAAGAUGGAUACAAACAUAACUACAGACAACAAUUCUGAUGAAGACUCUGAUGAAGAAGACAUUGAAGGUUUUGAAAAAGAUGACGAUGAAGAUGCCAUUGAAGGUUACGACAAAGAUGACGAUGAAGAUGCCAUUGAAGGUUACGACAAAGAUGACGAUGAAAAUGCCAAUGAAGAUGACGAUGACUCUGAUGAAGAUGCCUCUGCUGAGGUUUCUAAUGAAGAUGAUCACAACGGUGCCAAGAAAGGAUGCCUAUGCAGUUGAAAAUGACGUCAACUCUUCUUGAUUCUUGAAAAGUCUUCUUGAAAAUUUCGAUCGUUGAUAAUAUGCACACUCAAUAUAACUUCAUCAUAAAUACUGUUGUCAUGAAGUUUUUUUUCACAAUGUCGCACUUGAAUAGUACCUUAAUGUAUGUGAUACUAAAUCGCGCUAAAUAUUUCGAUUAAUAUAAAUAAAUAUUUACCUAAGC